AUGUCCUUCGCACCAAAAGAGCCAUAUGAGCCAUAUGCUACCCUUCACGCAGAGACAAAAGGACCUGGCGACCAACGUCCUACCGCACUUCAGAUCGUCAAGGAUCUCAACGCUGCCGGCAAGCUCAAAGGCAAGGCAGUCCUCAUCACAGGAUGCUCGGCCGGUCUGGGCAUUGAGACUGCAAAGGCUCUCUAUGAGACUGGCGCAAAGCUGUUCUUGACAGCACGCGAUAUACCCAAGCUUGAGAAGAUCAUCGACGACAUUGUCUCCAACGGUCAGAACAAGGACACGCCGCGACCUGAGGCGCUUGAGAUUCAUCUCGACUCUCUGGGCAGUGUUCGAGCCGGUGCCGAGGACUUCAAGAAGAGCUCGAGCCAGCUGAAUAUUCUGAUCAACAAUGCUGGGGUUAUGGCUUGCCCCUAUGGCAAGACCAAGGAUGGCUUUGAGACCCAGAUCGGAACCAACCAUUUUGCUCACUUCCUCCUCUUUCAGCUGCUAAAGCCUGUCCUCCUGAAAUCCGCCGCAAAAGACGGCACAACCAGCCGCGUAAUCUGCGUCUCCUCAGCAGGACACCGCUACAGCGGCAUCAACUUCGACGACAUUAAUUGGUCCAAAGAAGGGUCUUACCAGAAGUGGGUCGCGUAUGGCCAAAGCAAAACUGCCAACAUCUACAUGGCAAGCUCAAUCGAGCGCCACUAUGGGUCUAAGAACCUUCGCGGUCUCUCGCUGCAUCCAGGUGGCAUCAUGACCGACCUCGGACGCCACUUGGAUCAAGAUGACUACGAAACUUUGGGACUUGAUAAGAGGGCGCACAUCAUGAAGAGCCCGCCACAAGGUGCCGCGACGCAAGUCUGGGCUGCUCUCGAGCCGCACUUCGAGAAGGGUAACGGUGGUCGGUAUCUCGCUGAGUGUUCUGAAUGUGGUCCGAUGGCACCUGACGCAGAAGUCGGUGCGGCAGGAUACGGUCCGCAUGUGUAUGAUCCUGAGGCGGAGGAGAAGCUGUGGAAGUUGAGCUAUGAGGCCGUUGGCCUACCUCUUGAGAAUUAA